CCGGAAGCUUAGUGCCGUUGACGGGAGAAAUUUAAGGGCUGUUGGACUAACAUUGAUUUCCACAGAAAAAAGGGAUUUAUCAAAGGUGAAGAGGUCUGUCAGGGCCAGGUGAAUGACAGAUGCUGUGGUAUCAGUCCUAGAGCAGCCCGAUCAUAACCACAUUGGACUGCUGUUAGGUGGCUUGGUGAUAUGGAACCUGCUAGUAUUGGGGACCUGUGUACUUUGUACCAGAGCACAGAUUUCCUGGUGGUGAAUAAGCAUUGGGAUAUCCGCAUUGACAGUAAGAUGUGGUAUGAGACUCUCACAGUUCAGUCUCAGCUGAAGCACCGAUUUCCUGAGCUCGCUGACCCAGAUACCUACUAUGGGUUUAGAUUUUGUCAUCAGCUGGAUUUCUCCACCAGUGGAGCGCUGUGUAUUGCUCUCAAUAAGAUGGCAGCUGCCAAGGCCUAUCGGUGUUUCCGUGACCGUCUGGUAACCAAGAUUUACCUAGCUCUGGUCAGAGGUCACAUUUCUUUGGACAGAAUGACCAUAAAUCAUGCAAUUGGUAAAAAUACAACAAAAGGAAUGACACACAUGAUGUGUACUGAAGGAAUGCCCGGUUGUCAAAAUCCCAAGCCUUGUCAGACUGAGCUGACUGUUCUGGAAAGAGGUCUCUACAGUGGAGAUCCAGUUACAAAAGUACUCCUCCAACCAUUAACAGGUCGGACGCAUCAGCUGAGGGUUCACUGCAGUUCUGUGGGGCAUCCCAUAGUGGGUGACUUCACCUACAGUUUCAAGACAGAUAGCAAGCCUUAUCGUAUGAUGCUUCAUGCCUAUUACCUGCGGAUUCCAGUGGAAGGAGAGUUAGUAGAGGUGACCACGCCUGACCCCUUCACACCCGUGAUGGACAGCAAUUGGGAAAUGGGAUUGUAUGUCAAUAAUCUACAUAAUAUAAUCAGGGAAGUAAAAUUGAAAUGUGUGACAGAUCUGUGUGAUAGGAAUUCUGUUCUUGGAGUUGAGGCUGAAAAAUUACAAGUAAAAAAGUAUAGUGAAGAGACAAAGGAAGAAAGAGAAAAGUGUCUGGAGUGGUUAAAUGAGUGGGCAGUAAGUUAAUAUUUAUUUUAUUUUUGUAAUGAAAAGGGUUUUGCCUUGAAAUUGCAAAUCAGAGACAUAUAUGGUGGUUUCUUGGCUGGAUUGUUAGAACACCAUUGUUGACCAAAUAUCUAGGGGCAUCCAGAUUUGCUGUGUACCUAUAUUGUUUUGUUAGUUCUGACCAGUCUCACCCCAUGUGUCUCAUGUUUAUAGGAUUAACGUCUCUGUUGACAUCCUCAUCUUCAGAUUUAUUUAUGAAAUUUUUGGUGAAUGUUUUUGAAAGCUGUUCCUCUUCUUCAGCUAACAUGAGCCUUGAUGACCACACAACCACAGAAAUCUGCUAUUGACAUGAUUUCAGUUAACUAUAGAUUUUUAAAAAUAGGCUUUUAAAAUAACAAAAUUUCCCUGUAUAAGAGGGAAUCUAAUUUCUUUUAAGGUUAAGAUUUUUUUAAAAGAUAAUAUAAUAUUUAUGUUGAGAAUUUGGGGAGGGGAGUUAGCAGGUGCAGAAGAUCCUGGCUCCAGACCAUACGUCGCCUCUUUUAUUGGUUUUCACUGAGUACUGAGCAUCACGCUUGUCUAGAGAGUCAUCUUUUACUCCAAUUCAUUUAUGAUCAUCGCCUCCUUUGGAGUUUUACCGCAGCAUAUAGUACAUUGGCAGUCCCCGUAUCAACAUUCUCUGUGAUUUCUUUGGUUCAUUAUUCUAUCUCCACAAAAUGCUUCUUUUCUUGCCACUUUCCCAUGGAAACAGCUGCCCUUUUAACUCUACCUUUUCUAUUAUACAGGGACCCAAACAGCCCAUCUAGGAUGUGAAGCAUCAAUUCACCUGCUCUUCCUCAAAUUUACUGCACUGAAUUGAGUACUCAAGUUUUGGUCUCCUGUAGAUAUUGCAGAUUGGUGACCUCUCUUUAUUAUACAAUGCUGAUCCUGAUUCCGUUCUCCUGUCAUUUAAAUUUUCUGCUUCUACUAUGUCUUAUCAGCCUCCUACAUUGCUUCAGUGAUGUUUAAAGUGACCUUGAGGAACAGCACCUUCUAUGGAGUACAUCAAAGCCAUUGCAACAAAAUAUUGAUACAACAAUAUCAAGAACCACUUAUUUUAUUAAUCUUCACUGAUGUUGAACUUUUUCUGUUUCAAUUAUUUUCCUCCUUUCAUCUCCAACUGCUGAUUUUUUUUGAAUUAUUACCUUGAUGAUAAUUACUUCACCCCGUGCUCUCCUUGGAAAUGAGCAUGCUUGUUUCCUCACCAUUCCAGCUCUAUCGAAAGAAUCCUAAGCAUGUAAUGUGUUUCUUUCUCUAUUGGUGCUACCUGACAUACUGAGUUUUUCUAGCAUUCUCUAUCCUUGUUGCAGAUUUCAACAUCUGCAAUUCCAUUUUUUUUGCUU